AUGGCGGAUGACGGAGCAACUAUUAUUAUUGAUGCUGGAUCCGAUACAUACAAAACAGGCUUCGUUGGUCAAAGUUCACCGCAUAAAAUUUUCCCUACGAUCCUUGGAAAUGAAAAAUAUCACACUUUGACAGGCGAAGAACCAAAUACAUACAUUGGUGAAGAGGCACAACGUAAACGUGGAAUUUUAUCAAUUCGAAACCCUGUGCAAAACGGGAUAAUCACAAACUUUGAUGAUAUGGAAACAAUCUGGCAGCAUGCAUUCACAAACGAACUUGAGGUAGUCCCGGAAGAACAUUCAGUGUUAUUAACGGAGGUUUCGUUAAAUCCGAAAGAAAAACGAGAACGUGCCGCGAUGAUUAUGUUUGAGACUUUUAAUAUCCCGUCUUUUUAUCUCGCUAUUCAAGCUGUUCUGUCAUUAUAUGCGAUAGGUCUACGUUCUGGUACUGUCUUGAAUUCCGGGCAUGGUAUAACGCACAUUGUCCCCGUUUAUGAAGGAUUAUCGAUCUCUCACGGUUUCCAAAGGAUUCAAGUAACUGGAUACGAUUUAGAUACUUAUUUAGCUACAUUAUUGUUAGAGCGUGGUCACUCGCUCAACGCAACUGCCGACCAUGAAAUCCUUCAAUCGACUAAAGAAGCUGUGUGUUUUGUAUCCCAAGAUUAUGAAAAAACAAUUGGUAAUCCUGAAGAAUGGAAAGAUUUCGAGACAACACAUGAAUUACCUGAUGGAAAAAUUAUUGUCGUGCAAAGUGAAAGAUUCCGUAUUCCUGAAGCUCUAUUCAAACCGAAAUUAUUGGGUCUUGAGGAUCCGGGUAUUCAUGAAGCAAUCGCUAAGUCUAUCUCACAAUGUGACAUUGAACUUCGGAAAUUGCUGAUGAGCAACAUUGUUCUCUCUGGUGGAUCCACUUUGUUUCCUGGAAUUGUUGAAAGAUUGCAUAAGGAACUAGAUAUUUUAAUGCCUCCAAGUAAUUGUUAUUUUAUUUUAUGUUUCAAUGCUGAUUUUUCAUUCAAAACUAACAAGCUCAAAUCAGCUUUGCACGCAAAAGCAAAAAUUCUAGCGCCGGAAGAAAGGAAAUAUUUACCUUGGAUUGGUGGCUCGGUUCUUGCUUCGUUAUCGACAUUUCAAGAUAUGUGUAUAUCGAAAGCAGAGUACGAAGAAGUUGGCGCUUUUCUAGUGAAUCGCAAAUUUAUUUGA